CCAAAGCCGGCGGGGAGGCCGAAGUCUGUGCCACUUGCUUCUUUAUGCUUUUGAGUGCUGAUCAGUUUUUUUUUAAAAACAUUUCCGACCUUCUAGAAGAUAUGAAAAAGUGAUACGUAUACAAUUUUUAAAAAAAUAUUCUCAGGCUAUCGGGGUACGGUUGGUGGCACGUGACCCAUUUUCCGGAAGCAGUGUGUUUGUCCUGUGACCGGAGAGUUUGUGAAUGGAGAUUAAAAUGGCUAUUUCUGAUUAUGUUCUGCUCCAUACUGGACAGAAGAUGCCUCUCAUUGGGUUGGGGACGUGGAAAAGUUCGCCUGGCGAGGUAAAAGAAGCUGUCUGGAAUGCAGUAAAGACAGGUUAUCAUCACAUAGACUGUGCUGCAGUCUACAACAAUGAAGCUGAAAUUGGAGAGUUCUUUAAGGAGCAUGUCGGUGCUGAUAAGAUAGUAAGGCGUGAAGAACUUUUUGUGACCUCCAAGCUGUGGAACACUAAACAUCAUCCUGAAGAUGUGGAAACUUCCUGCUGCAAAACCCUGGAAGACCUGAAGCUCACUUACCUGGAUUUGUACCUGAUUCACUGGCCUCAUGCUUUUGAACGAGGUGACAACCCUUUUCCAAAGAAUCCUGAUGGCACGAUAAGAUAUGAUUUUAUUGAUUAUAAGGAAACUUGGAAAGCAAUGGAGAGCCUAGUGAAAAAGGGCUUGGUUAAAGCUAUUGGACUCUCGAACUUCAACAGUCGACAGAUAGAUGAUAUAAUUUCCAUAGCUAACAUCAAACCUACAGUGCUACAGAUUGAAUGCCAUCCGUAUCUCGCCCAGAAUGAGCUGAUUGGACAUUGCCAGAAGCAUGGGUUGGUGGUAACUGCAUACAGUCCUCUUGGAUCCUCUGAUCGGCUGUGGAAAGCACCAGAUGAACCGUUGUUACUAGAAGAUACCAACGUUAAAGCUAUAGCUGAAAAACAUGGGAAAUCUCCUGCUCAAAUUCUGCUCAGGUGGCAGGUACAACGUGGAGUGGUAGCCAUUCCGAAGAGUGUCAAUCCAGCACGAAUUGCACAAAAUCUACAGGUGUUUGAUUUCACCUUGACUGAAGAUGAUAUGAAAAGAAUUGGAUCUCUCAACAAAAACUGGCGUUACAUUGUUCCGAAAAUUAAAGUUGACAAUGAAUUUGUACCCAGAGAUGCACAACAUCCCCACUACCCGUUCAAUGAUCCGUAUUAAUGUCGGCAGGGUGUGCUGCUUCUGCCUUGUUGAGUUUGUGCCAUUAUGCGAAAAUCUUAAGCUACUUACUAAUAAGAUACAAUAAAUGAUUAAGGGAUCUUCAGAA